AUGAGCGGUGCAGGUAAGGAGGAGGAGCGACCUAAGCUGGAAAGGUUUGACGGCACACAGCCAUCGACGUACAAGAAGUGGAGACGCAAGGCCAUGCUCAUGCUUAUGGCUUUGCCGACGACUUACACCAAGGACCGUUGGGGUGCAAAGUUGAUGGAGUACUUGGCGGGAGAAGCCGAGGAAGUCUGCGAGGCACUGCCAAUAGAGAAGCUAGUGAAAGAAGGAGGCCACGACUUGGUCUUCGAGGCGCUGGACGCAAAGUACAAGGAGUUGCAGAAGGACGCCUUGCAUAAGCACCUGACGGAGUACUUCUUCGGCACGCAUAUCCGAGCUCAAGAGUCGUUUCGCAACUUGACAGUUCGGCUGGAAACGGCAUAUGCCAGGUUGAAGGAACAUUCGGUGGAGCUGCCGGAGGAAGUGAGAGGGUGGUUUCUUUUACGGAAGCUUCAAUUGGAUCCAACGGCUGAGGCGAUGGUCCUCACCCACACCAAGGGGUCUUUGGUGUACAAGGAGGUGACGGCGGCCAUCACGGCUAUCUUCCCUCAAGGUGUUGCAAAGACUGGUGGGCACAAGAGCCGGGAAGUCUUUGAAGCACACGGUGAUGCAGGUGACGAGAUCGUGGAUCCAGAUGGCGACGAAGGAGAAGAUGUGUUUCAAGCAGUUGCAGAUCAGCUGCAAGCACAGGACGAGUAUGACGAGGAGGACGCCAUUGAAGUCUACGAGACGUACCAAGACAUCCGACGGAAGAUGCAAGCCAAGAAAAUGGGCCGUGGUUACAAGCAGCCCCCACAGUCUUCUUCGAAGUGGACAUUGACAGGAACGGUGCGUGGGAAGAUCGAGCAGAUGAAGUCACGCAGUCGUUGCCACAUAUGCAAUGAGUACGGGCACUGGAAGCGUGAAUGUCCAAAGAAGAAGGUUGGAGCUGCAACCGGUGCGAGGUCAAGCCACGCCAGCGACGCAAUGGUCACCGAUCAAGGCGGCGAUCCUGGUUCGUACGAACUGGGACAGGAGCUCUUCUUGCAGGAGGAAGACAUCGACCAGCUGGAGAUCUACUUAGCUGAGCAAGAUGGCAGAGUCGAUGUAGUGCUCGCUGAUCCGAAUGUACAGGGAGACAACGUAGUGACGGGGGACCUUGAGCAGAGAAUCUUUCAGUUUUUCAAGACAGAGCAGGAUCAGUCUGCAUCCAGCGAGGCAUAUAUGGCGGAUCUUGGUAUCGAUGCUGUGCCCAAGUCUGGAGUGACAGAGAACACGGAAGCCAAGCACUGUUCGGACACCAUGAGCUACCUCAACAACGAUGUGCCGAUGGAGAUGCAGCAGCCCUUUGUCAGGACACCGCUGAUCGACAGCUUGCUGCAGGAAGUGCAGCCACAGCUCGAGGAAGGGCCGAACGAGAUGUCUGCCCAGACGUUGGACCAGAUGUCAGAUCACGAAGAAGACGCGCCAGACGGGCUCGUGCAAGGGCUAAGCGGCAGGACGAUCUUCAAUGUGGGGAAGUACCAAAAGAUGGCUGCCACCAGCUUCGAGGCGGCCUAUGUUCACGACAAGGGCUACGUGGCAUGGGUGAGGAAGUUUGUGAAGGGCGGCAAGCAGGAGACGGGCAAGACGACGCACCCCACCAUGGCACAGUUCAGGCUGUAUAUUGCGCUGAGGGACCAGCGCAAAUCGAGCCGGAUCACCAACGAUACACGACCGGUGGCGCCUCCAAGUGUGAUGCCUCUGCAAGCAAAGGCGAAGGCCAAGGCAAAGUCGAGGACAGCAGUGCCGAGCAGCUCAAGCUCGCAGAGGGCUGGAUACAGCCGUCCAACGGAGGAGCACGAGUGGAUCUUGGCGGCCAAUGUGGAGCAGCCGGAGCCGACGCCUGCGGAGCGGCGUCGCCAGAGGCUUUUGCAGCAGAUCGAGAUGAUGCAGCACGAGCUGGAGCGCGGCAUUCAGAAUUGUAAGAUUCCUGAAGAAAGGGAGCUCGAGGUCUCAUCUGAGACCGAGGUGCUUCUCUUGGAACCAGGAGUAGAGUUGUCAACUGUCGCGGCAGCUGGUCUUACAGUAGACUCAGUAGACCACAUGUUCUCCGAAGGUGUUUUGAGUGCCUCGGCAAUGCGCUCAGCGGAGACUGUGCAAAGUGCCGUGGAAAAGAUUCAGCAAUGCAAGCCUCUGUUAGUUGUGAUCCGGACGCCAGAGCACAUGACAUGUACCCGCGGAAGCCGCGGUCUCUGCAGGACUUACACGACUAGUCAGAGGUGUGCCUUCACUCGCUUAGUUGCGGCAUGUUGUGCUGAGCAGUUGUGUGAGGGUAGGAUGUUUUGCGUGUUUGAAGAGAACGGCAGUCUGAAGUCCGGUGUCAAGUCGUGGUCAAGAGUCAUGUCAGAGAGCAGCGUUGAGGUGUUGAAGAUUGGUGGCGAAGGAAGUGAUGCGACUGUUUACACGAACUGCAGGAAAGUGAAAGGAAGGAUGACGGCAGGAUGGCCACAUGUGCACAGGAGAGAUGAUGAAAGGUGGUUCGGCAAGGACAUUGCUGUUGCCGUGAUGGAGAGAAAGAGAGAGAGACAUGAGGUGAUGGUUGCCCAUUGUGUCUACACGAUUGACGAUAUCAGAGUGAAUGGAGAAGACAGCGACAGGAAGAUCAUGAGUGUUUUGCGGAAGUGUCAUGAGAAUCUUGGGCAUCCUUCAGCUGCGCGUUUGGUCAUGUUGUUGAAGUCUGCACAUGCUAGCGAGAGAGUGAUCAAGUUAGCAAAAGGGCUGGAGUGUGAGACGUGCAGUGCUUUGAGUGCCCGGAAAUCCCACAAAGUUGUCAAGAUGCGCAAGGCUACUGAGUUCAACCAACAGGUGUGUGUUGAUACCUUUGAGUUGGAUGUUAGGCAUGCCAAGAUACACUUCUUGAACAUUGUUGAUGAGGCUACGGGUUUUCAGUUGUGCACUCCACUGUGGAAGGGCAUGCAGGCCAAACAUGUUAGGAACGCGUACCGUAAGAGCUGGAAGCGAUGGGCGGGCGCGCCAAUUAGGCUUUUCAGCGAUGGCGGGAAAGAGUUCGAAGGCGAGUUUGAGCACGGGUUGUCGUUGGAUGGGACUUAUGGCGAUGUGUCAGCGGCGUACGCGCCGUGGCAGAACGGGCUGGCGGAAAGGUCAAAACCUGAGGUUCAAGAACUCGUUGAUCAGGUGAACAAUGCCGUGAACAGCAUGCCUAGGGUCGAAGGUUAUUCUCCUUAUCAGCAUGUGUUCGGUAGAGACAUUAGAAUUCCGGGUAUGAUUACUACCGACUACGACCCUGUGGUGAACUCGUCCUUGGUUGAGGGCGAGAGUGUCUUUGAAAGGCGCAUGGAGUUGAGGAAGGCAGCUCGCAGAGCCUUUGUUGAUGCAGAUUCAGAACAAAAGAUCAGGAAAGCCCUGGAGCAUCGGACAAGGCCAGAGCGUGGUCCCUUCGAGGCAGGGCAGAUGGUGUAUUUCUGGCGUAAGAGUCGGUUCGAGUCAAAGUGUCAUUGGCAUGGUCCUGCUGUGGUGAUUGGUAAAAGUGGUCAGUCGAAGGUGUGGGUUGCCAAAGGCACGAAGGUGUACAGAUGUUGUCCGGAGCAGCUGAGAAGGUUGUCGCCAGAGCAGGAAGCAACAAUAAGGCUGUUACCAGCUGAUAUGGUCAUGAUGCGACAUGAAGUAAGUGCUCGUGGUGCUGGCAAUUUCUAUGAUUUGAGCAUGCUUGACAAGCCGCCGGAGUCAGAGGCUGUGGAGCGUGUUGGUGAAAUUGCGCGUGAGAGCCAGCGAGUUGAACAAGUUGCCCACAAUCUGUUGGAAGGCUUGGAAGGCGAAGAGGAAGACGUGGGAAUGCAGCAAGCAGCUGCUGAGCUGCCUGCGGCAGCUGUUGUGAGAAGUGAUGACCCGAGAAGUGAGGAAGGAGCCGGUGCGUCUCCAACAAAGAGGCAACGGGUUGAUCCAGAACCAGGAGGAAUCACUCCCUUGAGUCAGGCUCUCAGGCUUGAUCCGCAGUUGCUCGAUGGGUUGCCGUCACAAGCGGCAAGUUCUUCACAGUUGGGCCGUGCACCCGAGUCGGUGCCAGUGCCUGAUGAGACAGAUGAGGCGAUACAGUAUGACCGCAAGGGCAACAAGCAUGUUGUUGAGCAUGAGUGGAAAAAGGGAGUCUUGUCGAGGAAGCCAAACGCCAGGUGGACAGGUAAAACCAUCUUUCAGCUCAAGCCAGGCUGGAAGUGGAGCAAGCGUGAGGAUGAGUGUUUUGAGGUUGGAAGCGUGAAGAAAGGAAGGAAGGAGUUGAAUGAGCAUGAAAUUGGAAAGGAUAGGAGGUCUGGGUUGUGCCAAGCCAAGUUGAAGGAGUGGAAUAAGCUGUUGCAGAGCGGUGCAAUAGUGGUUCAUCGUGGAAAGAAGGCACAGGAGCUGCGAAGCACAAUCCCACGGAGGCGUUUGUUGAAGUCGAGGUUUGUACUCACCGAGGCCGAGGCUGGCAGCAGUCCACAGACCAAUGACAUUAAGGCCAGAUGGUGUAUCCGUGGUUAUCUUGAUCCUGAUCUGUUGGAAUUGGACACUUGUGCACCCACCCUGUCCUCGGAAGGUUUCUCAGUAGCGAUGCAGUUAAUGGCCAGCCAAGGCUGGCAGGUGACCAUUGCUGAUGUGGAAGGAGCCUUCUUGCGAGGAGACGACUUGAGUCCGAGCCGAGGUCGUCUGUUCAUAGAGUUACCGCCGGGAGGGAUCGAAAGGUACGAUGAAACGUGCCUCGUCGAGGCCGUUAAAACAGUGUACGGCCUGGCUGACGCUCCAAAGGCUUGGUGGACAUGUCUGCAUGGCAAGUUAACCGGACUAGGCAUGCGUGUUUCAGAGUUCGAUCCCCGUGUCUAUUACUACUAUCACAACAACAAAAUCAGUGGCGUGAUAGCUCUUCAUGUUGAUGACCUGUGUAUGGGCGGAGACAAACACUUCCAACAGCAGGUGCAAGUCAAACUUCGUGAGCUGUUUCCUUUUAAACAUUGGAAAACCGGAAAGGGUGAGUUCCUGGGAAAGUGGAUUGAGCAGCAACCUGACGGUAGCAUCAAGAUCUCACAAGAACACUACGCGUCAAACCUGAAGGGCAUCUCCAUUAGUCAAGAAAGAAGAAGACAGAAGGAACAAGAGCUGAGUGAUGCCGAGAGACAGGAAAUGCGUGGUGCAUUAGGAGGGAUCAAUUGGCUUGUUACUAGUAGCAGGCCUGAUCUUGCUGCUUGGUGUUCGCUGUUGCAACAGAAGGUGAACACUGCUUGCGUGAGUGAUCUCAUAGAAGUGAACAAGUUGGUGAGCCUUGCUCGAGAUUACAGCAGGUCCUACGUAUGGAUUAGAUCCAUUCCGAUAGCGGAUGUGCAGUUCUGUGUUCUUACGGAUGCAGCGUGGGCCAACGCUGCAGGAUAUUGCAGCCAAGCUGGCUACAUGAUUGCUAGCUGCGAUGAGCGGUUGGCGCAGGGCAAAUGGGGAACGUUUUCCAUCUUACGAUGGAAGAGCUUCAAGCAGGAUCGGCAAACGCAUUCGACACUGGGUGCAGAAUUGCUGGCCUUAUCGAGAGGGCUAGCUGAAGCCAGAUGGGUACGUUCAAUGUGGUGCGAGGCUGUGCAUAGCAGUUACCGUUUGGAAGAUGAUGCAAAGUGGAGCCACAACGUGCCAAUCACCGCAGUGAUAGACUGUAAACCGGUGUACGAUCAUGCUCGAAGCUCAACAGUUUCCUUAAAGGACAAGCGGAUGGCGAUCGAAAUGUUGUUGCUGAAGAAAGACAUCGGCAAAUACAACAUAUCGCUUCGAUGGAUGGCGACUCACCAGAUGAUCGUUGACGUCUUGACAAAGAAGGGGGCACCGAUGAACUUGUUUCGUAAGGUUCUUAAGGAGGGCAUGUUUGUUUUGGUUGAAGAUGAAGCAGUGAAGUCUGUGACUUUUAAGAAGUCAUAG